UAUAUACUAAAGGAGAGAUACUGUUCAUCUAACAGUGAUUUGGCUCCAAGUGGAGUGACGCCUUUGCCCUUGCUUUUUCUUUCAAUUACAAUUUGCCAUUCUUCUAUAACGGUCCUAUCCCCUGCCGCCUGUAGGUUUACUGAGCCUCCACCUACACUCUAUCGACAGAGACAGAAAGACAGAGAGAGACAGAGAGAGAGGUUAUUUGCUCUGCAACGCAAGGCCGAAGGAAUCAUACAUAAACCGGCAAGACAAACAGAUCGAAAUUCAUGAAGGUCAAAUUAACAACAAGAAAACCCAUCGCUUCAGCUUUUGGGUUUUGGUUUAUUUUCUGGACACAGAGAAAGAUAGAGCGAAGUAAACAGGGGAAGAAGGGGGAGAAGAAGAGGCCCUCCCUUCAAAAUGUCCAUUGGUAGUGUGGAGUUUGCCAUCGGAGGCUUAAUCGUGGAUACCAAGGUGUUCUAUGGCCAAGAAAGGUGUUUUGCUAUGGAUUUCUGGUAUUUAUGUAGAUUUGGACCCUUCUCAGCUUUGCUCAUUAAAAUUUUUCGGUGAAGGAUUGGAUUUGGGUUUAUGUUUUGGUGAAUAGAUAUUUGGUUCUUUGGCUUUUUCUUUCUCUAAAUUUUCCUAAACGAUAUGUAGUGAUAGUUUUGCAGUGUGCUUAGCUUUGCUAAUUGAAGAAGAUGAAUGGGAAAAUGAGCUCUUCUUCAGCUUCAGAAGGGAGCAGGACGAUACUGGAUCAGUACGUCUGUGCUUAAAGGAAGGAGCUUUUUUUGGUGUUUGAGGGAAGUAGGAUUUGGCAAGUCUGAUAUAAAGAGCAUAAAGGUGAGGCUAGGGACGAUUAAGAAGAAGAGGAACGCUGUGCUGAAGUAUCUGAAGAAUAAUGUUGCUCAUCUUCUCAAGAUUGGCCUUGAUAUUAAUGUAUAUGGAGGCUCCCCUUUGUCUUCAUUUUUAUUAUAAUUAAAUGCAAUGAUCACAGAACUACACAUUUGGAAAAUAGAGGCUCCCCUUUUGUCUGCUCAUUAAGAAGACUGAGCGUUAUUUCACCAAGAUCAGAAGGAAAAAUAGGUAAACCGGAGCAAACAAAAGAUGAAGAAAUUAAGAAAUUUCAGUCAAAAGACCCACCGACUUCAAUAUCCUCAUCCGGGUAAGAGAAGUUGCAUGGAGCUGGCGCUAAAGAGUAGUUCAACCUUAUGUUGUUGCAGGAAAUAAGAGAAGUACAGACCAGUGGAGAGGCGUAGACUACUGGAACCCAAAAUUAUAAGAAGCAAUUAAAAGGAUGCGCUAAAAUCUCAAAAAUGCUCUGGAGGACAUUUCAGUAUGCGUUUAAGAAAUCUCGAUUGAAGCAACAUAGAUAACCACAGUUGAAACCGACCUCAUGUUUUUCUGGAAGUCUCUAUCAAAAUCCAGUCUUAUAACCAACCGACCUCAGAGAUAAAAAUCAAAAACAGUGGUGCAAGAUAUUUUCUUUGCAAUUUUCAAUUUAUAAUUCCUUCUGCUAUAUAUAAAGAAGGAAAGUGAUCCAUCCUUCUCAGGAAGCCUCUAUCGAAAUCGAGCUCCAUAAUCAACCGACCUCGGCGAGGGAAUCGAAAUCUAGAACAUCUCUAUCAAAGUUGAGCCAAAGAAGAAUAUAAAAGAGGACACGCCUCUUUGAAUCUAAAAAGAGAUGGCAGCUAAGAAUGCCAAGAGAGGGAUAAAGAGGUUCUUAGAACAAUCUACAGGUGAUCGAGUUGAUCAAGGAAAAUCUGAAUGUAGUCAUGUCAGAUCAAAGAGAUUGAAAGCAAUGCUUGAUCCAGACAAUGCUGGAGGAUCUAAUGAAUGUCAGAAUGAGAUGCAAUUGAGAGAUAAUGAUGAAAAUGCUGCUCAAGGAGACUCGGAGCAUUUCAAGGAAACUAAUUCAUGUAAAUUUGUACAAACUAAUACGGUCACAGGUCGAUGCUCACAUGCAUAUGGUCAGGCAUCAUAUCAAAAGAAUAGAGAAGUAUGAAAAUUCAGGCGAUAAUAUUCAUGCAUGUAAUCAUUGCAAUGCAUGUUUUUGGUUUGGAGAAGCCAUUAAACAAUCAUCGUCAAAUGCACCGCUUAUCUAUACAAGCUGUUGUAAAAAGGGUCAAAUCAAGCUUGAACAAUCGAAACCAACGCCAUAUUUUCAGGAAAAAUUAUUAGAUCCUAAUAAUGGUUCAGAAAGUAAACAUUUUAGAGAGAAUAUUAGAGUUUACAAUUCAAUGUUCUCUUUUACAUCUAUGGGAGCAACAAUUGAUAAAAAAAUCAAUACUGGAUCAGGUCCUUAUGUUUUUAAAAUAAGCGGUCAAAUACAUCAUUUAAUGGGUUCUAUAUUACCUUCUAACGGAGAAUGUCCUAAAUAUGCUCAAUUAUAUGUAUGUGACACAAAAAAUGAGGUAUCAAAUCGUAUAAAGGCUAUUGAUCCUACCCAUGCUAAUUCAAAUAUUAAGUCAGAUAUUGUUGAAGGUCUUAUUAAGAUGUUUGAUGAAAAUAAUGAGUUAGCAAAAGAAUUUCGAACAAUGAGAGAUAAAUAUGAAAACGAUUGUUUACCCUCAUUAAGUAUGACCAUACUUAAUCGUCAACCCACUGAUAGUAAACAAUAUGAACAGUCAAUAAGUGAUGAAAUUGGUGGGUUAGUUGUUGGUGAUAUUGGAGAAUUCAAUUCAAAUAAAGAUGUAAUUAUCGAAUCCAAUAGUGGACAAAUGCAAUGUGUUUCAAGAAUACAUCCAAAAUAUAUGUCAUUACAGUAACCAAUACUUUUUCCU